AUGGAAUUUAUAGAUAAAUCAAAAGGAAAAAUGUAUUUACUAUUAGUUUGGACACUAGUUUUGGUUAGUGGAGUACAUGGGUUUAGUUUUUAUGGCUCUGACGUUCGCGUAAUGCUAUGUUUGCGAUCUGACUCUCACAAAAAUAAUUUUAUUCGUCGUGGAAGUAAACGUAUUUACUCAGUCUUCAACCAGGAAUCGGAGAGUGAGGCAUUAUUCACCGAAGAAGAAAUCCAGCAACUAAAUGACUAUUUUAAGGAUUUGAAGGAUGGUGUUUAUGGUCAUGAAAUGAAAAAACAAUUUGAGGAUCUUGAAAAAAGUGAAGCUAAUCGCCAUUUAACGCAAGAAACGGAUGACAUUGAUCCAAAAGCCAAAAUCAAGGAACUUAUGAACGAAGAAAACAAAGAAUUGGAUGAGAGACUAAGUAAAAUUUUCAAUAUAGCUAAUUUGCCCGUCAGUAAUGAAGAGCUCAGCUGGGAUGAUAUGGAAGAGAUUGCCAAAAAAGAACAGAAAGGGAUACAGAUUGAAGAGGUGCAAUCUUUAGUGAAAUCUAUUUAUCGCAAAAAGGGUCUUCUGACAGAACCACUUAAAAUUUGCAAAUUUGAUGGGCUAACAUUAAAGUGGACCCAAAACCUAAAAAGUAUAGAUAUAUGGUUCUCAGUUGACCCUUCAUUAACCAAGGAUGAUUUUGGGGUAAACAUAUUGCCAUCUAAGAUUACGAUUUUAAGACAAGGAGAAAUCAUCUUACAGAAGGAACUUAAUGGAAAGAUAGAUUGUGACGGUUCUUUUUGGACAAUGCACAAUAAUCCUUCAUCCACUCUCAAUUAUAUUAACAUAAGCCUCGCCAAACGCAAACCUAAAUAUGCCAACAUUUGGGAAGACUUAUUUGUCAAGUCGAAAAGUUAG